GAGGUGACCGCCGAGGAAGGUCCUGGAGUAGGUGGGAAGGAGGGCAUCUCAGGCUCUUGGGGGACAGAGACGAGGGGGGGAAAUGACUUGACCCGCAGCUAGCUGCCGGGGCGGCAGGGAUGGGGGCCCCCAGCCUCUGAGGUUCUGGGGUACUCUGUGCCCCCUCUUGCUGGAGGCCGGAGCCCAAAGAGAAGGGUGUUGCAGCCGGAGGACAGAGGGUAGAGGCCAGAAAGGACUCGGGAUGGGAGCCGGGUGAGCGGGAGGAGUGGGAGCUCGCCCGGGUUUCUGAGGGUAGCAUAAGGAAUACAAGUCAGACUUCCUGCCGGAAGGAAGGAGACCCGUGGGCUGGGUUUCCUUCCUCCAAGAGACCAAAGCCAGGUCCAGCCUCCCAUAGGGGCCCUGGCAGUUUGGGAUCCUGACCCCUGGGGUGGGGGGUGGCAACGAGGCAUUCCGGCCUCCAGCCAGUCUACUGAGGGGCUCUCUGGCCUCCCCACUGUGACUGCGGCGCCCGGCUCCAACACCCGUUGUCAUGGUUAUAAGAGCAGCUAACUCCCCUAGAUCUGAAAGCGCUGGUGAGCUGGCACCCUCUGCCUCGCCCGCUCCCCCUCCUCUCUGCGCAUCUUCCCCCAGCUCCGAGGAGAGCGUACAGCAGGCUGGGGGCGAGCAGAGCAGGGCUGGGAGGUGCGGGGAGGACGCCAGGCUCGAGCCGGGGAGAUGAGUGCCCACAGGAGGCAGCCUAGCCGCCGGGGCCAGACCCGGGAAAAGGAGAAGAUGAAGGAAGCCAAGGAUGCCCGCUAUACCAACGGGCACCUCUUCACCACCAUCUCCGUCUCGGGCAUGACCAUGUGCUAUGCCUGUAACAAGAGCAUCACAGCCAAGGAGGCCCUCAUCUGCCCAACCUGCAAUGUGACUAUCCACAACCGCUGUAAAGACGCGCUCGCCAACUGUACCAAGGUCAAGCAGAAGCAGCAGAAAGCUGCCCUGCUGAAGAACAACACCGCCUUGCAGUCCGUUUCCCUUCGCAGUAAGACCACCCCCCGGGAGCGGCCCAGCUCUGCCAUCUACCCCUCCGACAGCUUCCGGCAGUCCCUGCUAGGUUCCCGCCGCGGCCGCUCCUCCUUGUCGCUGGCCAAGAGCGUCUCCACCACCAACAUCGCCGGGCACUUCAGUGACGAGUCCCCCCUGGGGCUGCGCCGGAUCCUGUCGCAGUCCACAGACUCUCUCAACGUGCGGAACCGGGCCCUGUCCGUGGAGUCGCUCAUGGACGAAGGGGCGGAGGUGCUCUACAGCGAGCUGAUGAGUGACUUUGAGGCGGACGAGAGGGACUUCGCAGCCGACUCGUGGAGCUUGGCCGUGGACGGCAGCUUCCUGCAGCAGCAGAAGAAGGAGGUGAUGAAGCAGCAGGACGUCAUCUACGAACUCAUCCAGACGGAGCUGCGCCACGUGCGGACGCUGAAGAUCAUGACCCGCCUCUUCCGCACGGGGAUGCUGGAAGAGCUGCAGCUCGAGCCGGGGCUGGUGCAGGGGCUGUUCCCUUGUGCGGAUGAGCUCAGUGACAUCCACACGCGCUUCCUCAGCCAGCUGCUAGAGCGCCGACGCCAGGCCCUGUGCCCCGGAAGCACCCGCAACUUCGUCAUCCAUCGCUUGGGUGACCUGCUCAUCACCCAGUUCUCAGGUCCCAGUGCGGAGCAGAUGCGUAAGACCUACUCGGAGUUCUGCAGCCGCCACACCAAGGCCUUAAAGCUUUAUAAGGAGCUGUAUGCCCGCGACAAAAGGUUUCAGCAGUUCAUCCGGAAGGUGACCCGCUCGGCUGUGCUUAAGCGGCAUGGGGUACAAGAGUGCAUCCUGCUGGUGACCCAGCGCAUCACCAAGUACCCGGUGCUCAUCAACCGGAUCCUGCAGCACUCCCACGGGACCGAGGAGGAGCGCCAGGACCUGACCACGGCACUGGGGCUGGUGAAGGAGCUGCUGUCCAACGUGGACCAGGAUGUGCAUGAGCUGGAGAAGGGAGCCCGCCUGCAGGAGAUCUACCACCGUAUGGACCCUCGGGCCCAGGCCCCGGUGCCUGGCAAGGGCCCAUUCGGCCGAGAGGAGCUUCUGCGGCGCAAGCUCAUCCACGAUGGUUGCCUGCUCUGGAAGACAGCGACUGGCCGCUUCAAAGACGUCCUGAUGCUGCUGAUGACAGACGUGCUGCUGUUUCUGCAGGAGAAGGACCAGAAGUACAUCUUUCCCGCCCUGGACAAGCCCUCGGUGGUAUCACUGCAGAAUCUAAUUGUGCGAGACAUCGCCAACCAGGAGAAAGGGAUGUUUCUGAUCAGCGCCACACCCCCUGAGAUGUAUGAGGUCCACACGGCAUCCCGGGAUGACCGGAGCACCUGGAUCCGAGUCAUUCAGCAGAGUGUGCGCGUAUGCCCAUCCAGAGAGGACUUCCCCCUGAUUGAGACAGAGCACGAGGCUUACCUGCGCCGAAUCAAGAUGGAGCUGCAACAGAAAGACCAGGCCCUGGUUGAGCUGCUGCAGGAGAAGGUCGGGCUGUUCGCCGAGAUGACCCAUUUCCAGGUGGAGGAAGACGGUGGUGGGUUGACCCUGCCUGCCUUACCCAGGGGCCUUUUCCGCUCCGAGUCCCUGGAGUGCCCCCGUGGAGAGCGGCUGCUGCAGGAUGCCAUCCGUGAGGUGGAGGGUCUGAAAGACCUCCUGGUGGGGCCUGGAGUAGAACUGCUCCUGACACCCCGGGAACCAGCCUUGCCCGUGGACCCGGAUGGCGGCGGUAGCACGAGUCCUGGGGUCACUGCCAAUGGUGAGCCCAGAACCUUCAAUGGCUCGAUUGAGCUCUGCCGAACCGACUCAGACUCCAGCCAGAAGGACCGGAAUGGAAAUCAGCUGAGAGCCCCCCAGGAGCUCUCCCAUCCUGAAGCUUGGGCCCCGUCCCCACCCUCUCCUCUGUCCUCAGGAAGCGUUACAGCGAUUGGUCAAUCUCUAUGGACUUCUGCACGGCCUCCAGGCGGCUGUGGCGCAGCAGGACACGCUGAUGGAAGCGCGGUUCCCCGACGGCCCCGAGCGGCGGGAGAAGCUGGCCCGCGCCAACUCUCGGGACGGAGAGGCCGGCCGAGCCGGACCCGCCCCCGCGGCGCCGGACAAGCAGGCCACCGAGCUGGCGCUCCUGCAGCGGCAACACGCUCUGCUGCAGGAGGAGUUGCGGCGCUGCCGGCGGUUGGGCGAGGAGCGCGCCACAGAGGCCGGCAGCCUGGAGGCCCGGCUCCGCGAGAGCGAGCAGGCCCGCGCCCGGCUGGAGCGGGAGGCCGAAGAGGCCCGCAGGCAGCUGGCCGCCCUGGGCCAGAGCGAGCCGCCCCCGGCGGAGGCCCCCUGGGCCCGCAGGCCCCUGGACCCGCGGCGCCGCAGCCUGCCUGCGGGCGACGCCCUGUACCUGAGCUUCACGCCCCCGCAGGACCGAGAGAGACAGGAGCUGGGCAGCCCCGAGGAGCGGCUGCAGGACAGCAGCGACGCCGACACGGGCAGCGAGGAGGAAGGGGGCAGCCGCCUGUCCCCGCCCCACAGUCCGCGAGACUUCACCCGAAUGCAGGACAUCCCGGAAGAGAUCGAGAGUCGCGACGGGGAGCCUGUGGCUUCAGAGAGCUAAGGGGGCCCCACCCCCGUCCGGUGCCCCCAGGAAGAACACAGCGAGGGAGGCAAAACUUUGGGGACUCCAACCUGCCAAUGGCGAGGGAACACUCGAAAGAACUGCUGACCCCCUGCCAGCUCUUGGGCUCCUUGGACACCUGGGGCCCCCAGGAAGCUGGGGGGGGUCUUGGGCCACAGGGCCCCCUGCUGGCAUCCAGGAGCUACACCACAGAUGCCACGUUUUCAUGCCUUCUUCCCUCUACUUUAGGAAAAUUUAUUUAUUUAUUGUUUAUUAGUUACACAGGGAGUGGGGAGAUUUAGAGGACCAGGGACACGGGAACCAAGCCAUAGGGAUCGGGGGCCUUGUCCUGUAACACUACUGGGGUUUAUUCAGGCGUAACCCCGCGGCUGCUGGGUUCUAGCCCCGACACCCCUCCCCAGCAACACCAUCUUUGAGGAGAGGCUGCCGCGCCACCAGACCCUUCCAGAAGGGCUGUGGGCGGGGCCAUGCCCCCUCCCCUCCCCCGCUAACUGCUGUUCUCCCUUCUCUCCAUCCUCCCUGGAGACCCCCCCCACCUCGGGGUCGGAGGCGAUGGAGUAGAGGUCGAGAGGCCACAAUGGCUCUGUUGGGGGGUGAGGGGAAAGCCCACGGGACCAGAAUGUUUUUUGUUGUUUUCUUUUUUGUACCAAAGCCAGCUGCACGUGUUUUGUAUUUUUAAGAGAUGAUUGUAGGCAAUUAGAAAUCACAGCCUUCUAUUUCCGCUUAUCGGAAGAGCUUGAGGGGUGGGGGGACGGCGUCCCCUCAUCUGCAGUAACGGGGGACCUACUCUGACCUCUUCUCCAGCCGUUUGGAAAACAUGUUGUAGGGUGAGUUGGGAAAUCUCUGUGAACCCUGACCUCAUCCCCACCUCAGCAACCAUGACUGAAACCUCAGCGUGAAUUUGGGGGAUUUUCCAGUGGACCCCCAGUGCCCACCAGCCCCAGCCAUUUUCUGCCCAUUUGAUUGCUUAAAAAGAAAAAAAAGAAGAAGAGAUAAAGCAGGGAAAAUUAAAGACCUGGACCCCCACGA